GGCUCUUCCCAGCUUCCAAGCUCUCAGCCCAGAGAUCCUCUUCCUCCUCUGCCUCCUGCUCUGCCGUGAGCUGUCGCCCCGGCAGGCAGCCAGCAGCAGCAAUGGGCAGCUGGCUAUCCGGCACCUGCCCAGAAACGGUGUACUCGGUACCUGCUCAGAAACUGGAUGAGUAUAUCCAGACCUCACUGAGGCCGACGGAAGACUGUCAGAGACAGAUCGAUGAGGCUGUGGACACCAUCUGUGCCGCCCUGCAGGAAGCCACGGAGCCUCCCACGGUGAUAGAUGUCGCCAAAGGUGGCUCCUAUGGCCGGAAAACGGUCUUAAAGGGCAACUCCGAUGGUACCCUUGUCAUCUUCAUCAGUGACCUUGAAAAAUUCCAGGACCAGAAGGAAAACCAACAUGCAAUCCUCGACAAAAUCUGGGAGCGGCUGACAGCUUGUCAGCUCGAAAGGAAGCUGACAGCCAAGAUGGAGAUGCAGAGGUCCUAUGGUGGCCUCACCAUCCUGCUGUCCACACAAUGGCAGAGCGUCACUUUUGACGUGCUGCCCGCCUUUGAUGCUCUGGACUUGAGCGGCAAGCCCAGCCCCUCGACCUAUCGAGACCUCAAAAGAGCCUUGGACCAGGCAAAAGCCAGCCCCGGUAGAUUCUCUGUCUGCUUCACAAAACUCCAGCAGAAUUUUUUUAACAACCAUCCCAGGAAGCUGAAGGAUUUGAUCCUCUUGGUAAAGGCCUGGCAUCAACAGUGCCAGAAACGGUGGGAGCGUCAAUCCCUGCCACCCUCGUAUGCUCUAGAGCUGCUUACCGUCUAUGCCUGGGAAGAGGGGUGUAGAGAGGAAGACUUUGACAUAGUUCAAGGCCUCAGAACUGUCCUAGAGCUCAUCGAGAAGCAGGAGCAGCUGUGUGUCUAUUGGACAGUCAACUACAACUUUGAGGAUGAGACCGUCCGGAACGUCAUGCUGAACCAGAUCCGAUCAUCAAGGCCAGUCAUCUUGGAUCCAACUGACCCCACCAAUACGGUGAGCAAAGAUGAGACGGGCUGGCAACUGCUAAAAGUAGAAGCUCAAAACUGGUUAAUUUCUCUCAUCCUGAGAGAGUCACCUGGACCAUCUUGGAAUGUUCUGGUGAGAGGGUGUUCCAAAUAUAGCUCCUGUCAUGCGUCAGGGAGGGCCCUCCUCCUCCCGACACCCGGCUGCAGUCUUCCUCGAGAUCACCGUGUGUCGGUGUCCUCGGGCUGCUGUAACAAAGCCCGGGCCCUGGGCGGCUUAAAGCAGCAGAGAUGUUUGCUGUCACAGUCCUGAGGACUCGAAGUCCAG